AUGGACGAAUACAAUGGAUGCAAAUACUACCCAGUUGUAGUCAUUGGAGCUGGUGCCUCUGGGAUCGCAAUGGGACACAAUCUCAAGCACAAGUUGCGAUUGGAUCAGUUCGUUGUGUUUGAAAGACAGUCUGGAAUAGGAGGUUUGUUGUUUCCUUGCAUUCUGGGUGUUGGUAGAAUUAUAUGCUAACGUCAUAAAAUAGGGACCUGGUGGACUAAUCAAUAUCCAGGAGAUAUCAAUCCGCAGACAGACUGCGAUUGUACAUGCGAGUGAAGCUGCGAGCAACCUCCCCCUCCACCGCCUCGGCCAUCCCAGCAUCUCAACAUCACUUAUCGACCAGUAAGAAUAGUUGGUCUACUUUUGAGCUUUUUGCUGACAACUUUGAUAGUAAGCUCCCACCGUGAAUAUGCACGUCCGAUGGAAGGUAAAGUCUUCUGUACUUCGAAAAAUGAUCAACGCCCUGUAAGAGAAGAUCGUGAUUUAGGAUAGGAGAGCUUGGAUUGGGAUAUGAAAUUCGAACUAUUUCAGGCGUUGAGCGACGAGACAACCACACGUCUGUCUUCAUGAGGUUCACUUCUUCAGUGGCUUCGUCUGACUCGAGGAGAGAGAAUUGGAAACAGGAACAAGGCGGGCAAUUAGAGAUCACCUCUCCCUUUCUGCUCGCUUAAACUUGAUCCUUCUGACGACAUGACUUGCUGCUGAGGUAUAUGUAUGUCCAAUCGUGGCGUCAGUGGUUGGACCUUGAUGACUCUCACGUUUGCUUCGCUAUCUCCUUCGCUCUGAACGCUAUAUGAGAAAUUCUGGAAGCCUUCGCAAGCGGCAGCAUGCUUCCCAUCAGUAUUUACACAAACCACAGCCCCGCUAAAUCCCUUAGGUUUUUUCGAGAUUCGCUUCACAGCUUCAUUCGCAGCCUCUUGUGGACUCAAUCCUCCCCUCAUCAACUCAACUCCUAAAAAGGCUGGAAGGUGUCGCAUCAUUACGUCUCCGUCGCCCGUUGCAACACAUGCCCCAACAUCGUCAUCGACAUAACCCCCAGCGCCCGGGAGGGGAGCAUCUCCAAUACGGCCAGCAAUCUUGUGCCUAGCCCCAUUUGAAGACAUUCCCACUGCCAUCCUGCCAUCUGCCUGCAAAGCAAUCUGC